ACACAGUUUUUACAAGUAGAGGAUAAUCUGGUUAAUAUUUACCACUUACUGCUUAGUCUUCACUGUCAUAACAUUUGUCGAUACAGAGUCUAAGAAAACCCAUCACAAUGAACUCUAUCCUUUGUGCAUUCUGCAUGCUUUUAGCUCUUUUAAGAACAGGUAACUGUCUGUCGUGUACAUUGUGUCUGGUACAGGGUGCAACAUUCUGCACAGGUAACAAUGUAACCUGUGAUAAUGGGAGAGUUUGUAUUUCUACACAUACAGUAAGCACUGAAGAUGGAAUAAAGAAGAAUGAAUUUUUUGGAAGAACAUGUAUGCCACAGCAUUACUGCAAUAAUCCUGGUAGUUUUAGUACCGACAAGAGCAAUUCUAGAAAGGGCAUUUCCUGUUGUGAAACCGACAACUGCGUUCCAUCUGCACCUAUAUUGCCUGAUGUCAAUGAUAAACCGAACGGAGUCAUUUGUAAAACCUGCACUGCUGAUGACACAGAAUGGUGUGAUACAGAGCAAGUCAAGAAAUGCACUGGGGACGAGAACAAAUGCAUCGUCCAAAUAGCAACAAUGUCAGGAGCAGUGUCACGCAAAACAGUUCUUCGUGGAUGUGCUACGCAAAGUAUCUGCAAUAUCGGCAAUGAAACUGUGAACACUGAUGGUAUAAGUGUGAUUGUUAGCAUUUCAUGUACCGAUGGAAGCACAAGUCUGUAUCGUGGUUCUUCCUUCCAAACACUUCUCGCUUUUGUGUUGUUCUUGUCAUUGUGUUGCAAAAACUACUAAUGAACGUUUGACUCAUUUCAAGAUUUAAUAUGACAAAAAAAAUGAAAUAGUAAACAACUAUUUUCCACUGUAAAAAAAAUAUAUUAUAAAGUCAUUUUUGUUUUUGUUGUAAAUCUACCUACCUACAUAAAUAGAAAUAAAUCUAUAUGUGUUUGCAUUAAACUACAAACAUUAGAAAUAAA